AUGGCGAUGGACGCAGACCAUCAAGAUCGCUGCCGCACCCGGGAGCGCCAGGAGAGGCGGCGGAAACGGGGACCCAUCCCGCCCCGCCCGGCGCCCCCGCCGCCGCUCGCCGCUUACCUGAGGCGGGACGCCGAGCCCCACAGCCGCGCCCCCCGCGCUCAGCAGCGCCGCCGCCCGCCCGGGGCCAAGCGCGGCGCCGCCGCCCUCCUCCUCCUCAUGGCCGCCGAGGCGGGACAGCGGCCCCGAGGCGCGGCCGAGGCUGCGCCGGGCUCGGCUCCGCACCGCUGCCUCGCCGGGUCGGGAGCCGCGCGUCAGCUGCCGCUGCCGCCGCCGCCGCCGCCGCCUCUCCUCCGGCGCGCCGCCCAAUGGCUGCAGCGGCGGCGCCCGACUCCCGCGAUACUUGGGGCUCGGCCCGGCGGAGCGGGGACGCGGCGAGCUCGGUUAAUCGCUGUGGAGACGUGUGCCCUGGAGCAGACGUAUCUCACCGUUCCUCAGGUAAAAUCCCGGGGAAGCAGCCGCCGCCCGGCAGAGCCCUCGCACCCGGCGGGGCUGGGGGGUUUGGGGUCACCCCCGGCCCCAGCGGCCCUGCCGCCCCUCUCAGAACCAGCAGCACGUCCUCAGCACUGGCUGACAUUCUGUUACUUUCGGGAGCUAAAUCACACGCAUUAGAAAAGGAAAGCAAAAGGAUAAAGCUCUCCGUCCUGUUUACAUGAGCAGCCAGGUGACGAUGGCAUGGACGCUGACUUUCUUCCCAGUGGGUAGCAGAUAGAAAGUCCGGGACGUUUUGUUUUGUGACACGGUCCCCUCUCCUCCCAGCCUGUGACGAGCCUGGGCAGCGCCGAGGGAAUGUGGAGAAAGUCCUGACUUACGACAUUGCAUUGUCAGUUGAAUAAUGUCUUUUUUGGCCCUGAGAGCUAACUGCAUAAACUAGAUGCUUUGAUAUAAGGAUGAGGAACCUCUCGGCACUUUGUUUUUCUUUUUCCCCUUACGGAAGUGAUUAAUGAAAGCAUUUUUCAGUAUGUUCUAAAAUAA